AUGGAGUGGGCACUGAGGAAUGUCAUCGACCUUCAGCGAGUAGUGGAAAUUUAUCCUGCCAACCACGUUGAUGGUCCAAACUGGGUCGUGCAGUCGGAGGAUCAGAUGGACCUGGUGUUGAAGAAUGACAUCAAUCUUCAGCCUGCAGAUGACAAGGACAAAGCAAUGACAGAAGGCGAUUUUGACUGGGACUCUGACAAUGAAUACGUGGUUAGCACAAAUGAUUGGGAUAACAAGGGUGGUUAUCGGGAUUAUUUUUAUUGUCUUGGAUUUCAUCCUUACAAAGAGGUUGUUUUCUUUCAUGGGGCCUUCAGAACAGUGGCCUACAAUUUUGAUAGCUGCAAAGUUCUAUACUUGGGUGAGAUGAGGUAUGGAUAUGAAGAGCUACAAGAGUCCUUUUCAUACGCAUCAUGUUGGGUGAGGAACUUACCAGGAAGCAACUGA